UUUGACAAACCUAGUCCUUGCUUCUUGUUUCCCCUUUAACCACUUUCAUGUUGCGGUGCUAUUUUGAAAUGUUGCCUCAAAUUAGCGCUUUGAGCCGCCAACGAUUUGGAAAUAGCUGUCAAAUUGUGUUUGACACACUUUCCCGGUUUUGUUUACAAGAUUGUUUACGAGACUGUGUUCAAAGAUUUAUUCUCUAAUAAAGUCAAUUAAAUUCACCGUGAAGUGAAACGAGUUUACAGAAAAUCUUCCACAGUACGCAUUUGAGACAUCCGUUACAUUUUUUACGUAAACCAUUGUCAGAAAGACGUUUUUAUACUAAGGGACACGUCGGGAAAAUACUUGGAAUACCGGAAUUGAUUCCCAAAAUUUUUGUUGAGAUGACUCCAUCGCUACCCCUUGGUGACGACUUUCGACCACACUAGAAAAGCUAGAAAAUCUCGCUCAUCUCUUCCGUAAAAUAAAUAUUUUGAUAAUAAAGAUCAUAGAUCAUGCAAUCGUGCUCCGUUUGGGGAUGUGCGGGCGCAGACCGAAAUGAGAUGAAAAUGUUCAUGGUUCCAAUGAUCAACAAUCAAACAGAAUCCUUUCAGAAGUUAUCGAAGCAACGUCGAAAUGCUUGGCUAACGGCUAUAGGAAAAACUACGUCUGAUCCGAAAUCAUGGGAGAAGUUACAAGUUUGUGAUAACCAUUUCAUCAGUGGAAAAAUGGCCGCAUUGCAAGACAUACAUAACAUGGACUGGGUGCCUACAAUGAAUUUACGCUAUCCAAGAGACAGUAAGUCGAAAAUUCUGAGAUGCUCAGUAGCAGAUUGUGUGGUGUCUAAUCAAGGCGGUCAAUGCAGUUUCUAUCGUAUUUCAAAGGAUAUGACCAACGGAAAACUGAAUCAAAUUUCAGAAUUGAAACUAUCUGCCUGGAUAACAGCCUUAGGACUACGCGACGUGGUUCCAGCCACAUCAAAAAAUAUUUACGUCUGUCACGCUCAUUACAUGAUUGAUAUGAGAACAAAACAAAGAAAAACUUUGAUAGAGGAAGCGACUAAUCUAGACACUGGUGGAUCCGUGCAUUCUUAUGAAACUUUCGUUUGCGAUACUAAACCCGCCGAUAAUGUAAUGACUUCGGCAGCAAUUUCAAGAACCCACAACCGAAUGAGCAAAUUUCAUCUGAUGUCACCGAACCGGAUCGUGUCGAUAUCAACGAAAGACAAAAUGUCCUUCUCUAAGUCAGGAAACAUCCUUCGAAAUGAAAAUGGACGAUUUUCCUUCUCAUGUUGUUACUGCAACGCAGUCAACGACGAUUGUCAUGCCAUGAUGAACCAUAUCAAUACUCACUUCGACAAAACUUUACAGACGAAAAAAUCUGUUUCGCCGGAGUACUUACCAUCACCCGAAUUCGUCAGUUGCACGAUAACUGACAACGAUACAGAGGAGUCUGAAUUUAGCGAAACAUUCCAGGAACUAACUAACACAAUAACCGAAUCGAAACCACCGCACAAAGAUACAACAUUUACAAUAAGUGCAGUCAAGACCGAAUUAGUUCCAUCACUGAAAAGACCUUUAUCACCGACAAUUAACAUCAAAGAUCUCCUCGUGUCUCGGCCUUGCAAUAUCAAAAUAGUAAAAACGAUGGAUGUAGUAGAUGCAACACCAACAACCAAAUUGCCCACUAAAUUUAAACCGAUUCAAAUACCUCCACUGCCUGCCGAAUUCGCUGAAAAAUUGAAGCUGUCAAACAAUUCCCAUUCACGCAGAAGCGGAGUAAUAUCCAAAGGCUCAAAUGCGACCGGCAAAAUUACAGAUGAAACAGUUCAUCUAAUAUGCACUCCAGAGGUGACAUGCGAUCAAUCUAGACUUGAGCCAGCCGUCGGCGAAUCGGAUCCUAGACAGCACAUGUGUCAAGAAUGUGAAGAAUGCUUUCCGGAUCACAUUACAUAUCGGACUCAUUUCUUGGAAAGACACCAGUGUCAAAUUCUCCGAUGCUAUCAAUGUGAAAUGGAACCGUCGAUAAGCAACGAAUCGGAUCCAAGACGGCACAGAUGUGCCAUGUGCAAAGACUGGUUUCCGAAUCACAACGAGUUUAGGACACACCUAAAGGAUAUCCACGACGAAUAUGUAACGGACAACGAUUUCAAUUGCUUCGCUAACGAUUACAGGGAGUUCAACUGUUACAUUUGUGAAAAAACACUCAAACAACGCGAGUAUUUGGUUUGCCAUGUUAAAGGUCAUUUCGAGAAAUAUUUGGAGUAUCAGUGCCAUCUAUGUGGCCUUAGAACAACCAAAGGUGCACUCAAGCAACACAUGAAAAGACACGAUAUCACUCCCACUGAAUGCGAUCUGUGCAAUAAAACAUUUUCGAAUAGUUUGAGAAUGCGCAAGCAUCGCUUGUGUCAUACCCACGACCUUAAACACAUAUGUCCGCUAUGUAAGAAAGGUUUCAAGCUUCGCAAAUAUUUGAGCAGACACAUGGCCGUACACAAAGAAACGAAAAUAUCUUGUAGAUACUGUGAUGCGACUUUUACAUUUUCGACGGGUCGCAGAGCUCAUGAGAAAAUUGUGCAUAACGUUUUAUGAGAACGCUGUGACUUUUAAUAAUCUGAUGUGAUCGUUAAAACAAUCGCUCAUUUUACCAGUUUGACGGUAGUGU